UUAUUCUUCCUAUUGGCUAUUAUACACUUUUAAAUUUACAGUUGCUUUGUUAUUUUCUAUUACAGGGUUAUGACUCAUUGAUUUAAAAAAAGAACUUUUUCAAAUACUUUGCACUUUUGAUUGUGUAUUAUGGAUACCAAGGAAGAGAAGAAGGAACGGAAACAAAGUUAUUUUGCUCGAUUGAAAAAGAAAAAACAAGCCAAACAAAAUGCAGAAACAGCCUCAGCUAUAGCUGCGAGGACUCAUACUGGGAAAGAAGAUGCUAAUGCAGUCAUUUUAGACCAAGACAAGUGCAACAUUGCUGUGGAAGAGGAAUAUAUUACUGAUGAGAAAAAAAAGAGAAAAACUAAUCAGUUAAAGGAGAUCAGGCGUACAGAACUAAAGAGAUACUAUAGUAUUGGUGAGUAUUGGUGCCCGUAUUAUAGUAUUUUCAUUUUAAAAAUCUCUAAGAAUUUUUAAAAGACUAUAAGUUGUAAGUGAUCAUACUAAUAACAGUUUAUUGAGCAGCUACUACAUGCCCUGGGCUCUUGCUUUAUAUACAUAAUCUCACAUAAAAGGAUCACAAUGAAAUAAUGUUAUCUUGUUCAACUUUGUGUUCCCAGCAUGUAGCACAGUCCCUAGGACAUAUUGCAUGCAAAUAAAAAUGCAUCUAAUGAAUGGUCACUUUCACUUUAUGAGAAAUAUGUAUUUUCCUUAAUGUGUAUAAACAUAUCCAUGAACACGUUGAUAGAAAUGGCUGCACUUUUUGGCAGUAGAAAAUGGAGGAGACGUGGCCUAGCA